UGCAGCGCGUCCGAGUACGAGUACCUGAGCUGGAAGCCGGACUCGUACAGCGGCGGCCGCAACUAUGGCAAACCGCCGCAGUGCUGGGACAUCCCGCACGACCUGAGGCUGUGCCACAACGUGGGUUACACCCAGAUGCUGCUGCCUAACCUGUUAGAGCAUGAAACCAUUCUCGAGGUGAAGCAGCAGGCCAGCAGCUGGAUGCCCCUGGUCCACAAGAACUGUCACCCGGGCCCGCAGGUUUUCCUCUGCUCGCUAUUUGCGCCAGUGUGUCUGGAGCGGCCGAUC